GCUGUCACUUGAUUUUGACUUUUAUUUGACUUCGGUAGGCACUUCACCACUAAUCAUGUGUCAUUUGUGAUGAGGCAAAAUUCAUAAGAUGUACGAUACUGCUUAUAAAGCAAUCAAUUUUAUUUUGGCAGUCUUGUUAAAUUAUUGUCUCCACUUUUUCACCUACAUGAUAUUUUGUAACGAUUCGGAAAAACCCUGCAUAUUAUUUCCCUAGUACCAGGAAGAAAUCUCAGAGAAAAUGAAUAAGCAGAACACCAAUGACAUCAAAGAAAUCGAUUCCUACAUCGAAAUUCUGGAAAACCAAUUAUUCUUUGCAGUGUUGAAAGGAAAAGCUAGCGUUAAACUGAGGAAUACCUUCAAUACCUUUUUCUUUUCGAUCGAUGACGAGUUGAUAUAUGAGAAUUAUUUCAGUGAUUUCGGACCUUUGAAUAUGUCCUGCGUAUAUAAAUACUGUUUGAAGCUCAGAAAAUACUUGCAAUAUGCAAAGGGCAUUAAAAGUGUGGUACAUUACACUUGCGAUCAUCCAAAUAAAAAAGCUAAUGCUGCUUGUUUGAUGGGAUUAUUCAGUGUCAUAUAUUUGAACAUUCAACCUAGAGAUAUAUGGAAAGUCCUUCAAGAACUUGGUCCAUACAAACCUUUUGUGGAUGCCUCCCAAUGCCCCAUUGGCUUUACAUUGAAGAUUGUAGACUGCUUACAAGCAAUGUACAAAGCCCUAACUUUCAAUUUUAUCGAUUUCGAUGAUUUCAACAUCAACGAAUACGACUUGUACGAUAAACUGCAAUAUGGAGAUCUGAACUGGUUGGUCCCUAGAAAAUUUUUGGCAUUUCUUGGACCUGCCGAUAACAAAAGCGCUCAUCCUCCAGAGUUCUAUUUGAAAUAUUUUCUGAAAAAUGAUGUCAAGACUGUGAUCAGACUCAAUUCGAUCAUAUACGACUCUUCUGUAUUCAACCAAGUGGGAAUCCAGCAUUUUGAUUUGAUAUUUCCUGACGGCACCACGCCACCAAAAGAUAUUCUUCUGAAAUUCUUGACUAUAGCUGAAAUGGCGCCAGCUGCUAUAGCUGUACAUUGCAAGGCUGGUUUGGGAAGAACUGGUUCUUUGAUAGGGGCCUAUUUGGUGAAACAUUACCGCUUGACGGCCAAAGAAGCUAUAGCAUGGAUGAGAUUGUGCCGACCAGGCUCUGUUAUUGGACAGCAACAAAUCUGGUUAGAAAAAAUUGAAACUUGGUUAUGGAGAAUCGGAAGUCAAUACAGGGUCCGAAAAUAUGGUGCAGGAGACAAAAUACCAAAACAUAAAUAUGGGAUCUAUAGCAAACAAUGGCCAAUCGAAAGAGAGAAAAUUAUCUUGGAGGCCAGAAAGCGAAUCCAAUCGACUUUUACGAAAUCUCAAUUAGAUAAAUUGGCCAGACAGAAAAAAAUAUCAGCCAGUGUGGAUGCCAUUUCUAGAGAUAUUAAACAGCAGAGGAUCUCGAAAAAUCCCAGUGCAGCGAUUUCAUAUAAAAGUGUGUCAAAGCUGAUUAAUUCUGCACAUGGUUCCGUCAAGAGCCAAGCUCCCAUCAAUAUGAGUACCAUUUUACCUCCACCAAUGAGGAUGAAUUUAGAGUCUCAAUUGAUGAGCUCCAAACCAGAAUUUGUAACACAUGAAGCUGUGAAGUCUUUGGACAGCACUGGAUCUCCACAUUCCAAUAUAAAAGCUUCUUCGAAUAAAAUUCUCAGAAAAUUUACUCCAGAAAAACGAAAUAAGAAUUUAACGACCCAAGGCGAUAAACUAAAUGAAAUCAAGGCUUCCUGGAGACACAAUAAAGUACUGAAUAACAAUUUAGAAAGUACUUUGUUAGAAGAUGUGAGAUGUAAUAAGAACUAUCGACUUUCCACAUGAAUUAUUUUGCUCUUUAAACGAACUUCACUUGAAAAUACUGAUACCUCUAUUCCAAUAAAACUCAUCUGAUUCAUUCAUCUCGCUUCUGUUUUGUUUGCUAUUUUGUUGAAAUCGUUAAUGUAAAAGUGAUGAAUCUUUGACUUUUGUAAAUGUUAUUUUGUGGGGAAAUAAAACUAUAUUAAAUUUU